CAUAAAAACGCAAUACCCACACGACGUUUUGACCGUCGGCUCAAAAUCCUAUAAAUUACGCUUCAUGGUUCCCUUUUCAACUUGUAUUAGCCUCGUUUAAAAAAUAAAUAAAUUAAAUCUUGAUAUAGUUGCUCUUCUUUUGCUUCUCUUAUACUGAGUUCCAAGCAAAACCCUUUUUUGUUUUUCGCCUGAUUCCGCUGUUAUGGCUUCUCAAUCUUCUAAGGGAUCAGUUCAUGAUUUCACUGUUAAGGAUGCAAGAGGGAAUGAUGUUGAUUUAAGUAUUUACAAGGGCAAGGUUUUGUUGAUUGUCAAUGUUGCAUCACAAUGUGGCUUGACCAAUUCCAACUACACUGAGCUAAGUAAAUUGUAUGAGCAAUAUAAAGAUCAAGGUUUUGAGAUUCUUGCAUUCCCAUGUAACCAGUUUGGAGGACAGGAGCCAGGGAACAAUGAGCAAAUCUUAGAGUUUGCUUGCACUCGCUUUAAAGCUGAAUACCCCAUAUUUGAUAAGGUUGAUGUGAAUGGUGAGAAGGCUGCUCCCGUAUACAAAUUCCUCAAGUCUAGUAAAGGUGGACUUUUUGGGGACAGCAUCAAGUGGAAUUUUUCCAAGUUCUUGGUCGAUAAGGAGGGCCAUGUCUUCGAUCGUUAUGCUCCCACUACUUCUCCUCUUAGCAUUGAGAAGGAUAUUAAGAAACUGCUGGCUUGAAUUUGAUGAGUGGAAGAGAUUAGCUGAUCACCUCAUAGAGUCAAUAAAUUAGAUAUGCCUAUGAAUAAAAAAAAAAACUAUUCUAUCUCUGUUUAUGUUUCCCCCAUCUCCUAAUGAUGGGGUUAGACUGUACUACAAUUUAGAAGUUGUACCUUUUAUAAUAUUUUAUUCAUCAUGGAAAA